GCGUCGGUUGCCAGGGCGCGUUUUCUCGUGGCGUCACGUCGCGUUCGCAGCAGCAGGGUGAGGAGGGCUGCCUGCCGCCGCCAUCGUCAUGGACUCGGUGUUGGUCUGGAGCAGUGUGGUGGAUUGAACAUGAUUACACCUGACAGGUCAUCGCUGGUCUCUACUCACUCUGCUCUGGACAAUUGUUUUCUUGAAUAUCAUGGAAACCCAUGGGAACUCUUUCUGUCCUGUUGCUUAUUGAGCAGUCUUUGAAACAACUGAAAUGCUGCUGUUUUCUAAAAUCUGACGGACUAAAAAGACCUAUGUGGCUUCAACUUGAACUCCCAGUUGUACCUAAAUGUUUAAGAUGUGUAAGAAGAGUACAGAUACAUCUAAAGAGUGGCAGCCUGUGACAAGACUGUGCUUUACCCUCAGGAGUAGCAAUCAGAUUUAGAGGAGAGUCAAGACGACAGAUUUGCUUUCACUGCUGAAUGGUAUGACCCAAAUGCUUCACUCUUUCGACGUUAUGAACUUCUGUAUUAUCCAAAAGAUGGAUCAGUAGAAAUGUAUGAUGUGAAGAACCGUCGCACCUUUCUGAAGCGCACCAAGUAUGACAGCUUACACCUCGAGGAUUUAUUUGUGGGCAACAAAAUUACUGUUUUUUCCCGUCAUCUAUCCUUAGUGGACUAUGGGGAUCAAUAUACAGCCCGCAAGCUGGGGAGCCGCAAAGAGAGAACGCUGGCUUUGAUUAAACCUGAUGCAAUGCCCAAGAUUGGAGAAUUAAUUGAUAUCAUUAUUAAUGCAGGAUUUACAAUAACUAAGGCCAAAAUGAUGAUGCUUUCAAGAAAAGAAGCAGCUGAUUUCUACGUGGACCAUCAGUCAAAACCUUUUUAUAAUGAGCUUCUCCAGUUUAUAACGAGUGGUCCCAUUGUUGCUAUGGAAAUCUUAGGAGAUGAUGCAGUUUGUAAAUGGAAAACAUUACUGGGGCCAGCAAACUCUGCAGUGGCUCAGACUGAUGCACCAGACAGCAUUAGAGCGAACUUUGGACGUGAUGGUCUAAGAAAUGCAGCCCAUGGCCCAGAUUCGGUUGCUUCAGCUGCUCAAGAGCUGGAGUUGUUCUUUCCCUCCAGUGGAGGUCAUGGACCAGUCAACAGUGCAAAAUUCACAAACUGUACUUGUUGCAUUAUUAAGCCUCAUGCAGUUAAUGAAGGGCUAGCUGGAAAGAUUAUAAAAGCCAUCAUCAGUGAAGGAUUUCAGAUCUCAGCUUUGCAGAUGUUCAACAUGGAGCGUGCAAAUGUGGAAGAAUUUUAUGAGAUUUACAAAGGUGUUGUCGCAGAAUACGUGGACAUGGUUACAGAGUUGUGUUCAGGCCCCUGUAUAGCAAUGGAGAUUAUACAACCCGAGCCUCCAAAAGUGUUCAGAGACUUCUGUGGUCCUUCUGACCCUGAAAUAGCCCGUUAUCUCCGACCUGGAACCCUGCGUGCUGUCUUUGGAAGGAACAAGAUUCAGAAUGCUGUCCACUGCACAGACCUACCUGAAGAUGGACUUUUGGAGGUGCAGUACUUCUUCAGGAUUCUGGACAACUAACAGCCUCCAUCCCUACCCGAUGCAAAAGAAGAUGUGCACACAGAAUGGUGUGUUCAUUCAUUUAUUUGUCCAAUGUUUCAACCUGACUGAAAUACAAGAUCAACAAGAGCACUGUACUCCUGGCUAUUAUUACAUGUUAGAACAUAGAGUUUUGCACUUUAGACAACAUUUAACACCAUUCUAUGGGGUACUGCAUUGCUUUUAUAAAGUUUAAAAUAAAGAUUUAUUUUCAAACAUG